UGGAUCAGGUAAAAUUAAGUACGUUGAUGGGAAAACUUAAUUAUGUAAAAAAAAAAAAUCAUCUUACCUUUUAAUUUUACUGCUUUGAAUCAUGCAUUUAAAACUGAUUUGCAUUUAUUUUAUAUUAAAUGGGGGGAAAAUGCAAAAAAAAAAAAUGGAGGCCAUAUGUGGCCUGCAGGCCGCCAGUUGAAAAGCUCUGAAAUAGAUUUUCUUUUUUUUUAAACAAAUUACCAAAACAGACUGUUCUUUGGUCCAAACGGAUCACAGGACACGGAUCAGCCUAUAAGAUCUGGACUGGUCCCGAGUCCCGGGCUCAGGACUCAGUGGAGCUUCAGGGAACUGCAGGAACCACAGAGCCUUGGACCAACAUGGCAGCCCCCGGCAGAACCACCGGGACCACGGAGCGUUCGGUCCGGGACCGGGUCCCUCCGCUGCUCACCGACCUGUACCAGUUCACCAUGGCCUACGCGUACUGGCGGGCCGGUCGGAACCAGGAACCGGCCGUGUUCGAGCUCUUCUUCAGGGACAACCCGUUCGGCGGCGGCUUCUCGCUGUUCGCGGGACUCCAGGACUGUCUGCUGUUCCUGCGCGGCUUCCGCUUCACGGACCAGGACGUGGAGUUCCUGCGCUCCGUCCUGCCCGCCACCACAGACCCCGCCUUCUUCCAGUACCUGCUGGACCUGGACUGCUCGGCCGUGACGCUGCGCUCCGUCCCCGAGGGCUCGGUGGCGUUCGCCAGGGUGCCUCUGAUGGAGGUGGAGGGUCCGCUGGCCGUGGUUCAGCUGCUGGAGACCAGUUUACUCUGUCUGGUCAACUAUGCCAGCCUGGUCUGCAGUAACGCAGCUCGGUUCCGCCUGGCAGCCGGACCGGACAGGAAGCUGCUGGAGAUGGGGCUCCGCCGGGCGCAGGGACCAGACGGAGGCCUGACCGCCUCCAGAUACACACACAUCGGAGGGUUCGAUCUGACCAGCAACGUUCAGGCCGGCUUCCUGUUUGGGAUCCCCGUGGUCGGGACCAUGGCACACUCCUACGUCACCUCCUUCACCUCCCUGGAGGAGGUGUGGCCACAGACCCUGGCGCCGGCGAGCGGCGGCGACCCGGUCCAGGUGGUGUCGGUGAUCAAAGGCUGGCUGAUUCAGGUCUGUGAGCUCCUGGGAGCUGAGCCCUCCAGGAUCCAUGAGGGCGAGCUGGCAGCCUUCUCAUCUUACGCCAUCGCCUACCCCCAGAACUUCCUCCCUGUGAUUGACAGCUACAGUGUGGGCGGCAGCGGGCUGUUGAACUUCUGCGCCGUGGCGUUGAUGCUGUGUGACCUGGGCUACAGACCCGUGGGGGUCCGUCUGGACAGCGGGGACCUCUGCAGGCAGUCCGUGGAGGUCCGCCGGGUCUUCAGACUCUGCGGCGAGCAUUUUUCGGUCUCGGCGUUCGGGUCUCUGAUCAUCGUCGGGACCAGCAACAUCUCUGAGCAGAGCAUGGCCGAACUCAACAAGAAGGAGAACGAGAUCGACGCGGUCGGCGUCGGGACRCACCUGGUCACCUGCACCAAGCAGCCGUCUCUGGGUUGUGUUUACAAGCUGGUGGAGGUGAGAGGAAGACCCAGGAUGAAGAUCAGCGAGGACCCGGAGAAGAGCACGGUUCCGGGGAGGAAAGCCGUGUACCGGCUAGUGGACUCAGAAGGUCACCCGUUCCUGGACCUGCUGAGCCUGAAGGUGGAACCUUCUCCUGAGGCGGGACGCCCGCUCAGCUGUUACCCUCUGGGGGCGGGGCACUCACCUGUUUCUGUCACUCCAGCUCAGGUGAUCUGUCUGAGACAGGAAGUCUUCUCUAAAGGACAGGUCACAAAUCCUCUGUUCAGCACCGCAGAAACCAGAGCAAAGGUCCAGAGCUCCCUGCAGACCCUCCACCCCCGACACAAGCGGCUGCACGAGCCCGAUCCGUACACGGUGGCGCUGUCAGAAAAACUCCACAGCCUGGUCUCCGAGCUGCAAAAAGGCAGCAGCAGAAGCAACUUUUUACUGGCCAACUAAUUAAAAAGAUUUAUUUAUAUUUUCCACAGUAGAGCUACCAGCUGAGCGCGGCGAACAGGAAGUGACAUCAUCUCUAAAUCAAACGUUUUUAAUCUUCUACAAAGUGUUACUUUGAUAGUUUGUUUUGUACAAAACAGGAGCCGUUAGAGAAACAAAAACAAAAAUCAGUUCUUUCUACCUCAGAACUCCUAAAAUCACAACGUGAUAUUUUGUAUUUUUAUCUAAUAAAAUUUAGUCACAACUUCA